AUGGAAUACCAAACACAAUCCAAGAGUGCUCUGGAGCAACGUUGCCGUGAACAAUGUAUUCCCAUCCGGGGAAAAUCAAAGGAUGAACUUAUCCAAGCGCUUGUGGACUAUGAUAUGCAACAAGCAGCGCAAAGUGAUGCUGCAAACACUUCUGAGGGAGGCAUGGUCACGCGGGAGAUACCUGCAGCUGAUGUCGGUGACGUGCCAAGAUCUGGAGAUCCCUUGGACUCUUAUCUACAAACUGUUUUCAAAUACGUGGACUCAACAGAUGCAAACCUCAGGCUGCAGCUUAUCCUUAAAUAUCAAGAGAGGGAAGCUGCAGAGCGCCAGGCUGAGAGAGAGACUGCAGAGCGCCAGGCGGCAAGAGAGCAUGAACUAAAACUGGCAGAGUUGGAGAGGUUAAGUGCCUCACCUAUCAGUGUGGUUUCAAGAGACUCUUCUGCACCCAAACCACGUGCAGAGAAUUUUCCCACUUUGGACAAAGAUGGAGAUCUGGAUGUUUUUCUGCGCAGUUUUGAAAAGGUUUGCAGGCAGUACCAAUUGCCAAAGGACCAGUGGGCAAAGUACCUCACCCCUGGUCUCAGAGGUCCUGCACUGGAAGCAUUUGCAGAGCUACCAGCAGAAUCUGACCAGGACUAUGAGGCAAUUAAGGCUGCACUGCAGAGACGGUACAACCUUACCCCUGAGGUGUACCGAAAGAAAUUCCGGACUUUGCAAAAGCGUUCCACAGAGAGCUACACUGCAGUUGUGGGACACCUGACGACGGCAUUCCGGCAGUGGACUAGAGGGCUGGAGAUUACAACCUUAGAAAGCUUGGAAGAUCUGAUCAUCAAGGAACAAUUUUUGCAGCUGUGCCCAGCCAAUGUACAAGAAUGGCUGCUGGACCGGGAGCCCAAAACAGCAUUGGAAGCGGGUGAGCUGGCUGAUUUCCACACCGCCAACCGAGCACAAUCGGACCGGAGCAGAGGUUUUACUACGGGAGCAUCCAGCUGGAAGACCACUACACCACGGCUUCCCACCACCCAGUCUACAAUACCCUCUUCUGCGCCGGCUUCUACCUCAGGGAGAGGGGGAGCUAAUGUCACUUCUACGCGUGGGGAUAUCCGCAGAUGUUUCAUUUGUAACAAAGUGGGGCACAUUAGCGCUACUUGCCCGGAGAAAAGAAAUCCUACGCCAUCCACAGGAGUGGGUCACCCCUCAGAAUCACCAUCUUCGGUGUUGUUCGUCUCCAGCGCUGAGAACACCCCCAAUGUGAAUAUGCAACCUGUGACUGUGGGAAACAAGGUAACUGUGGGGCUCAGAGACACGGGGGCAGAAGUGACUCUUGUGCGUCCAGAGCUAGUGAGCUCUGAGGACUUUAUUCUUGGCAAGAACUUAACAGUGCGGGGAAUUGGGGGAGUACGUCAUGCAGUGCCAAUGGCACGAGUAUUUUUGGAUUGGGGAGCGGGGAAGGGUGUAAGAGAUGUGGGGGUAUCAGAUAACAUUCCUACUAAUGUGUUACUGGGUACUGAUUUGGGUAGGCUGUUGUCAAAAUAUAUGCCGGAGGAUGACACUUUUGAUUUAUCCAGCUGUUGGUAUUAUUCCCAGUCUAAAACCUGGAUAAAAGCUAAGAGUCCUCCUAAAAUGUCUACCAGACAUGUUCCCUGUUGGAACUCCGUUGUGCUUCAAGAAAUGAUCUACAUCAAGAAAAGGGAGUUCCUUCUAUGCGCUCUUCUAAACAAACAAGAGUACACCAGUGGCCCAAAGCAUGAAGCAUAA